AUGUCGAUCAAAUCCAGCAUCUUAGACUACCAAUAUGAAAACGGUCGUCGUUACCAGAGCUAUCGCAGGGGUGAAUACCUAUUUCCGAACGACGAAGAUGAACAAGACCGUAUGGACUUUUUGCACCACAUCUAUGGAAUGAUCUUGGAAGGGCGAUUGCACCUCGCGCCCAUCGGAGAUAAACCCCAGCGUGUUCUCGAUAUUGGCACCGGAACAGGAAUCUGGGCCAUUGAUUUUGCCGACCAGUAUCCUAAGGCAAAGGUGAUCGGGAACGAUCUGAGUCCAAUCCAACCAGAUCGGGUGCCGCCAAACUGCAUAUUCGAAGUAGACGACUUUGAGUCUGAGUGGGCAUACAGCCAUCCCUUUGACUAUAUUCAUGGCCGCGAGCUGGCGGGCUCAGUGAAAAAUAUAGAGUGGCUGGCGAAGCAGGCAUUCGAACACCUCAAACCCGGCGGGUACCUAGAGUUACAGUCGGUUGCCUUUAAACUGUUUACUGACGAUGGCUCAAUAAAAAGGGCUCCAUAUACAGUCCAGAUGUGUGAGCUUGUUGAAGAGGCCGGGAAAAGGUUCGGAAAGUCAAUGCACAACCUAGAUGUAUGGACCGAGGCAGUGGAAUCAGCCGGCUUCAGGGAUGUUGUCACCAAAGUCAUAAAUGUCCCAGUCAGUCCGUGGCCUAAGGACCCUCAGCAGAAAGAGAUCGGCCGGUAUUUUCAGCUCCAACAAUCCCAGGCUUUUAGCACCCAUCUUCCUGGUAUUUUGUCUAAUGUGCUGGGAUGGUCAAGCGCUGAAGUCAUUGUCCUUGGAGCUAGGGUGCGGAAUGAGUUAAUGGACCUCGGUAUACACCAAUACUGCAAACUGUACAUCAUCUAUGGCAGGAGGCCUUAG